CGCCGCUGUGCUACGUGGCUCCGCCCCUCUCCCAGAGAAGCAUGUUAGCGGCAUUUUUCCGCUCGUCUCCGCUGGUUCUGCUAAGAAACUCGGCGUUUCCGUCGACCGGAGAGUCCACCUGAAGGAGGCAGAGCCGCCGAACCGCCGCUGGACUCCCCCGGAGGUGUGGAGAGCUGAAGCUCGGCAGCAGCUGCGUUUGUGGACGGCAGUCGGGGAAAGCCUCAGGUCUGAGCGGCGGCUGGUUUAGUCUCAGGAAAACAUGCAUUACUGUGGAAGAAGGCCGUCCUAAAGGACCAGCAGGUGUGCAGAGAUGUCGUCCGUGUGGCAGCAGGAGCCGUCGGCGUACUCGCCGUGCGUGGAGAUCGACUCGAGCUCGGUGAGGACCAAGGAGCGGCUGGGCUCGCCGUCCUGGCUGAAGCAGGAGCAGGACGAGCUGCGCGUCAUCAAGUGGGAGAGCUUCCCCUCCGACGCCGUGCAGGACAACACCCCCAGCAGCGCCGCGUCCGCCUCGCACGGCGAAGGCCUCCCGCCGAGGGUGCUGCUGACCAUCACCAAGCUGCAGUGCAUGCUGGAGAGCAAACAGGAGCGCAUCGCCGCGCUGGAGAGGCAGGUGGAGGACCUGAUGCAGGACCGCAAGUUCCUGCGCAGCCAAAUCGAGAACCUCACGAGCAACCGCGGCGUGCCCACCUUCACGCCGGCGAUGGAAGCCCCCAAACCCAGCAGGGCGCCGCAUCCGGAGAACAAGUCCCGGAAACGGGAACGGGCCUCCUCCAGGUCCUCCAGCAGCGACGGCAGCAGCUCAGAGGAGUCCGAGUCUUCCCAAGUGUCCGCGGCCUCCAGCGACCACCGGAGGAAGAGGCACCACAAGGACAAGAAGAAGAAGAGGAGCAAAGACUACAGCAGGAAGAGAGCCACCGGCGUCCAGUACGUCAUCCAUCGCUACAAACAAGUCCUCUCCGCCUUCGUCAAGAAGAAGAGCAUGAGCGAAGCCUUCCGCCAUCUGGGAAUCGACCGCAACACCAUCGCCAACACGGCAUCCAUCGCCGAGCUCCACCUGGCCGGCAAAGACAUGGUUCCCCUGGUGGGGAUGUUUCGCCAGGGAGAAGAGACUCUGGUCAGCUACGCCCAAAGGUGCACGCUGGUCAUCGACAGCGACGCCGAACUCUCCAGGAAAAUAGAGCAGAUGAAAGCCAACGGCGAGCUUCUGCCCAUCUCUGGGAAAAGGUCCAGGGCGCUGCAUUCUCACCUGCAGUCACUAGGGGGCGGGGCAGACAGCAUUUUGAUAGGUUGAUAGAACAAUGGAAUGACAUUGUUUGGAAAGGACUCCUCUGCUCUUUUCUGAAAAUGCACAUUUCUAUCUGUAAAAAAAAUCUUUUUUAACAUUUUAAUUUGUGUAGGAGUAGAAACGCCCACUAGAUGGCAGCACCACCUAAAUCUGAAACAAGCCCAAACCAUUUGCCAUUUUAUUUUAAACUGCUAGAGGUGGGGGGGGGGGGGGGGGGGGGUAUUUGUUAGACCUAUUCAGUGACUUUUUUGCGCUCCCAAGUGAUCUGCUGAACUAUAAACUGCUAAACCAACAAAUGAGAUGUUUUCUGUUGUGUAAAUGAAGAAAAUCUUUGAGAAACUCUCCCCACGGAGGCCGCCGCGUCCUGGAAGGGCUUCCCUUUUCGGAUGGAGACCCGUCCUGGCCUGAUGCUCAAGCUGAGGAGGAAGUGUGGUGCUGGCGGUAGGAGAGGGACGGGCGCACGCUGGUCUGCUCGCCGUCCCGACCUUCCAUUUCCAAUCUCCUGAGGCAUGUCCCUUCUGCCCCCCACCACCUCUACCCCCACGUCCAGGUUGAAUGGUUUUCCGCAGAAACGCUGAUUGUGAGGUACGAGGUGUUCUGGAAGCUUCAUUCCCGCUCAGGCCUCGCCGGUCGGCGCGGUGCAGCUGCAGACCCUCAGGGGUGGAAGCGCAGAAUUUGGUGGUAAUGAGUCGGCGUGGUGCAGCUCACGGAGACCGGGAAGGGGGCCUAAUGGAGCCUGAAGCUGCUUCCCCUCCUCCCUCCGCUCUUUUGGCUGCGCUGUGAGGCCAGCUGGGACUCCAUUUUGUGCCUUUUUCUGGCUGCAGGUGCCACGUCACCGAUGAGGCUCAGAACUCCCUCCGCCUCCUCCCGGCCCACCUUUGUUUUUCCUGACCUUGACAAAAAGAGCAGCUGGACUGUUCUGGCGCCGAGCGGCUCGUAAUAACCACCAAUCACAGCCUUAAUGAAGCAAGUAAAUGUGUUCAAAGUGAGCGAACUUUGGUGAGGGAUUAGGAAGGACUGGAGCUCCGACUGGCCCGUGUGGAGAAACAGCUGCUGGAAGAUUGUGAAAUUAGGAGUUAUUUUAAUCCUUUACUCUUAGUUCAAUGUAAACAUGAACAACAAGAUUGUUAAAUGUCAGAAAACCCCAAAACAGGGAUACGAGCCCACUUUGCUAUAGGAAAAUGGAAAAACACGGAUGGAUGUUCUCCCCCGGCAUUCCAAAAAAGGAAGUAGACUGUUUCUGACUCCAAGAAGGCAAAAUCCCACAGACCUCUAUAGAGAAAUAAACAGCUCAUUCUAUCAUAGUGAGAGUUAUUCAAGUCAUAAACUGACCAAUCAGAUGCCUGUGUAAAAGUAGGUGGAGCCUGCUGGCCCCCGCAUCCAACAUUCAAAACCUUUGGCGGGUUCUCCUGAUUCCGCUUUCAAGUGGUAGGGGUGUGGCCUUACAACAACUUCCCUCCUGAUUGGAUAGAGUGGUUGCCAUAGAAACCGCCAUAGACUCUGACCAAUCGCUGCUUACUGACGUCGUCUGGCUCCAACAUGGCGGCGUUUACUUCUCAAAACUGGCGACUGGAUUGACUUCAGGGGGUAAACUAUUUUCUAUAGAUGACGUCACGCUGAAGCUACACUGUUUUCUAGUACAGUUGGAAAAGCCUUGGUGUGAAAUGUCGAAGCGGUGUCAAUCUGGUUCAUCUCGCUCCAGGCCUUUUCCUUCACAGUCCGAUUCCGAUACGAAAGACUUUGUGUCCUAAGAUUCCAGUCGGACAUAAACGGCAGUUCACUUCCAUGAAUUAAAGGGACGCCAUCCAUAAAUCGCUACAAAAUCCAAUUCCCUGAUUGGUCAAACUUGAAACUGGUUUAAACGCGUGUUCAGUGGAUGCGCGUUUUGUACAUAGAGCCUGAAAAAACGGUCGUAAGAACUCGCGUAGCCACGCAUGGACGUGAGAGUUUUGAACGCGGAAGUACGUAACGCGUGAGGACGCGGACUUGGAAGUGUGAACGUAGCUUCACUCGCUCCAGUUCUCACAUACAGUAGGUGGUGGUCACCCGCUCUACAAGGGUCAUCUGGAAGUCCUGGUCCAGUCCAGGUUCGGCACGCCGUGACCCCACACAGCAUUGGUGGUGGUUGGAGGCUCCGGAGGUCAACAGAAAAACCUGACGUCUGUCUGGAGGGCCAACCCACAGACGUGGGGGGGGCUUUGAGGAAAGGUUGGUGAAAGACUUUUGGCAGAAGCGUUUGCCUUCAGGCGCAGAAGCUCUCCUCCUCAUUAUGAGUCUGCUAACAAAACCAGCAGAGAUGCUAAUCUGAAACCACGCAGCUCCUCUGCCGCCACAUCCACACGUCUGAGUUGCUGCUGCGCUCCAUCUGGCUGCUGCUGAUAAGAAUUUAUUGGGGGCUGCUGGAUGAUAGUCCUGCAAGCUUAAGAGCGCGGGGGGGGGGGGUUACACUGGAAGAGUCAGCCAGCAGGAUCCUGUAAAGCGCCGGCUCGCCGUGGUCGGCUGCAGGGCGCGAAGCCGCUGUCACUUCGUUCCUGCUAAAACAAAGAUGGCGGCGGUCGGUCGGCACAUGUGAGUCACGGUGCGCCGGCAGCUGACAGCGAGUCUGGGCGCACACAAAGGAGCCCCACCCUCCAGUGCUUCUCGGCAGUGACGCACGCCGUCUUCUGCUGACAACAAACCAUGAGGGUCUUUACGUCAUCGAGGCGACCAGGCUGUGACGCCUUCGCCGCCUUCGUCACGCUGUGGACUCAAACGGCCGCCCUUUCUUCUGCUCAAACACACCGGAUCCGGCUGCAGACCUGGUGGUGGGUCACGGACAUCUGGUUACUGCAGGAAAACUCCAAAGAACUACAAACAUGGAGGCGGGAACACGUUCAGUCUUUCAUGGUCUUUUCUUAUAGCAGCAUCUAACCAGGGCUCCUCAUUUUCCUUCAGGCACAAAAGCGUGCGAGGAAACGAGAAUAAAAGCCCCCCAAAAAGCUAA